GUAUGCCCCCCCAAAUAUCUCGCCUACGUCCCCUCCCCACCCCUCGGCCUCAUCUAUAAAACUCCACCCGCUCCCUCCCUCCAACAAAGAAGGAAAGAAAGAAGGAGGAUUCACUGCGCCUGCGCCACACACACCCCUCGACACCGAAGGUUUGGUUGGAUCGUCGUGCUCCAUGGGGCUUCUUGACCAGCUGUGGGACGACACGGUGGCCGGGCCGCGGCCGGACCACGGCCUCGGCAGGCUCCGCAAGUACGCGUCCUUCUCCCCGUCCUCCGCCGCCUCCGCGACGACCGCUGCCGUGCCGUCGGCCGACGUGGCGGCGCCGGCGGUGACGCGGAGCAUCACCAUCCUCCGCCCGCCGGCUCUGUCCGUGACGUCGCCGCGCAGCGAGUCCGGCUCCGGCUCCGCGCCCUCGUCCCCGGCCAGCGUCCCCGACUCCCCCUUCGGCACAGCAACGACACCCAGGGGAGAGAGUGGUUGGAGUAAGCUGCGGCGCAAAGGCAGGAUGGCCGCCGACGGCAUGGAGGCCAGCCCCGGCACCCCCAGGAGCCCCACCGUGUACGACUGGGUGGUGAUUAGUUCGCUCGACCGCUAACUGUAGAACAAGAAGAAGCAGAUCCACCAAGACGGAGAGGUGCACGAGCACAAGGAGAGUAGCUGGAAACCAUGACCGGAAGAUGGAACCAUGUCCCAGUAUAUGUUACUGUAUUAGUUAUGUACUACUACUACUACUUCCGUUGUAAACAUCCACUCCACGUGAGAUGGUGCGAGUUUUCGUAGCAAAGGAUGUGCUAGAUGGAUCCGACAUCCGAGUGGUAGCUCAAGGAAAACUUGGUAGUAGGCAACCGGCGACGUGCAACGACCUGAGGCGAAUGAGACCGAUGUGAAGUGUGUGUGUGUGUUUGUAAAUCCUACCAGUAGAUGCACUAGAUCAGAGGAGAUGUUGAGCUCUAGCUGCUCUGUACAAAGGCCCGCGGGCAGCAUGUGCUAAUGCAUGCAGUGUAAAAUAUGUGUGCAAUAAUGCAUGGCUAAGUGAACCUCCA